CAUCCGCCUACUGCUUGAUAGCGUUAGCUGCUAUGUUUUGUACGCUCCAUGUUACGUUAGGGAUCAUUGAUAACACGAUAAUCAGUUGAUUAAAAAAGGAGUGUGGAUGUAAAAGCGAAAAAAUGGGGAAAAAACACAAGAAGCACAAACCGGAGUGGAGGACAGUUGAUGACUUUGAAGACAAGGCCCUUGAGAAGCCCCUGAAGCUUGUACUCAAGGUUGGAGGGAGCGAGGUGACAGAGCUCUCAGGUUCAGGCCAUGAUUCCAGUUACUAUGAUGACCGAUCAGAUCAUGAGCGAGAACGCCACAAAGAGAAAAAGAAGAAGAAGAAAAAAAAGUCUGAAAAGGAUAAAGACAAAUAUGUGGAUGAUGAGGAGAGAAGACGGCGUAAGGAGGAAAAGAGGAAGAAGAGAGAGCGAGAGCAGAAUGAGUCAGAGGCAGCAGCUGCUACAGCUGCUGGAGCUGGUGUGCCUGUUGAACCUUUUACAUUGUCAAAAACCAUAAAUAUUGGAUUAGAGCCAGAGGAGAAGAAGAAAAAGAAAGAGAGGUUUGAGAUUGAGCCCCAGGUUGAGGAGUUUCACCCCCAUGUGAAGGUGGAGGUAGAACAGCAAGGAGACAGACCGGUUAGAGCAUGCAGGACACAACAAGAGAGCGAGUCAACUCCUCGUCAGCAGCUGCUGGAACACUUCUUGCGUCAGCUGCAAAGAAAAGACCCCCAUGGCUUCUUUGCAUUCCCAGUAACUGAUGCGAUCGCUCCUGGUUACUCAAUGAUCAUCAAACAUCCCAUGGAUUUUAGCACCAUGAAGGAUAAGAUUCAAAACAAUGAGUACAACACCGUUACAGAAUUUAAGGCGGACUUUAAGCUGAUGUGUGACAAUGCCAUGGUGUACAACAGACCAGAGACUGUCUAUUACAAAGCUGCCAAAAAGCUGCUGCAUACAGGCUUCAAGAUGAUGAGCAAGGAUCGCCUGCUGGCUCUGAAGCGCAGCAUGUCUUUCAUGCAGGACAUGGACUACAAUCAACAGGCGGCCAUUUUGGGAGAUGAAGACCUAAUGACUGAUUUACCUCCUCCAGAGAUAAUUCCCAUGCCAGUGGAGUCAGCUAAAAAGUCCAAGAAGCAACCAGCCAAAGACAUGAAGGAAGCCAUCAGUUACCUGUAUGAGCCAGAGGGAAAUGCUUGCAGUUUGACUGACAGUACAGCAGAGGAGCACGUACUUGCACUCGUUGAGCACGCUGCUGAUGAAGCUCGAGAUCGGAUCAACAGAUACAUGCCCACCUCCAAGAUUGGAUACUUGCGUAAAGAGACAGACAGUUCUCUUCUGUAUACUGUUGUGAAUCAGCAGGACCCUGACGCAGAAGAAGAGGAGACUCAUAAAGUGGACUUGAGCUCUUUGUCAAAUAAGCUUCUACCUGGUUUAACAACGUUGGGUUUCAAAGAUGACAGGAGACACAAAGUUACAUUCCUCAGCAGUGCCUACAAUGUACAGAGCCUUCAGAAGAACUCAGUCUUUCCAGACCUGCUGUCUGAUGAGGUGGACAUGCUUUAUUCAGCCUAUGGAGAUGAUACAGGUGUACAGUGUGCUCUCAGCAUCCAGGAGUUUGUCAAAGGCUGUGGAAGUAUCACCAAGCGCUGGGUUGAUGGGCUCCUCGACAAGAUGACAGUGGGGGAUCACACCAAAGCUGUCAGUCAAAUUAGACAGAAAAGAAACAUGAUGCCAAAGCCUGAUGAAAACAAAUCCAACAUCUGUGACAUGCAGAUGACAGAUGGCACUGGCCUAGGAGAGAGUGGCUCAGUCCUGGACUUCAUGUCAAUGAAGAGCUAUUCUGACAUGUCUCUAGAUAUAUCCAUGCUGAACUCAUUAGGUAAAACAGUUAAAAAAGAGCCUGGGAACGAGGAGGGUCAGCAACACUUUGACGACACAGACAAACUCCUGCAGGAGUUCCAGGAGACCCAGGUGGAUAGAGUUGGCUCCAGACCCUCGUCCAACCUGUCCUCACUCUCAAACACCUCGGAGAGGGACCAGCACCACUUAGGGAGCCCAUCACACCUGGGUGUUGGAGAUCAGUCUGAAAUGGUUCAUGACCCCUACGAGUUCCUUCAGUCUCCGGAGUCAGAGGGUGCAGCCAACAGCUGACCACACACACGGCCAUUUUGUUACCCUGGUGUCAACGAUACUAGGAAUGCAGCCGUGGCCUGUUUAAACACUGUGGCGACAGCAGGAGCUUCUGCCAUGUUUUAAUUACCUUAAAUGAUUGUAUAGACUGUUUGUAGUGUAACUGUAUGGUUUUGUAUACCUUGUAAAAUAAAUGUGUGUGUGCAUAUU